AAGGCCCCGAGGGACACAGACUUCCCUCACCCGCGAAGUCGUCUCGAGCGAGGAUCCUGUGUCUCUCACCUUCAGGUACCGAGUACUAGGGACCAGCAAGUGCCUCUCGGUAGGGCAGCGAGGAGUAGGAGCAGACGAGGACAGCCCAGCCAGUGCCUCUCAGACGAACGUCAUCUGGAUGCAGUGCCGCGGAAAAGGAGAUCACUGGCUCCAAGAAUGCAUUAGUCUCCCCUCGUCAGAUAAGGAAUAUCAGGUGGUUCUGACAGCUGGCACGGGCGAACCGACGAGCGAGGUGUGGGUCGACGACGUGCAGGUGGUGAGUGCCAGCUGCAACGUGAGUGUCAGCCAGACGGCACCCGCGACCAGCUUGGCGACGCCCCCCCAGUGGAGAUGCAAGCCAGAGGGGUCUCUCUGCGGGAUGACGCAACCGCAGCUCGGACGCAGGGACUGGGUCUACGUGCAUGUGCCGCCCGCUGACGUCGACGGCAACCACACCACGAGCGCCCCUCCUCCGGCCACCCCCUCCAGCGCCCCCCAUGUGCACGACGCCCACUUGGCCGCCCCGCCCACGCCCGCUCAGGGGACGUGCAAGGACGGGACGCCCCUGGAAGCCUCGUGGGUGUGCGACGGGAUCCCCGACUGCGCCGAUGAGAGUGACGAGGAAAACUGUGAAUGUAAAGAGGAAAAUAACCUGGAAUGCGCAGUGACCGGCUCCUCGACCUUCCACCUCGGCGCCGGCGUGUGUGCAGAAGGAGCGUUCCGUUGCACAUCAGGCCGUGUUUGCUCAUCGGGAGACUGCGAGGAGCCCUUAGGACCUUGCUUGCCCAGAGAUCUAGUCUGCAACGGAGAGGCUGAUUGCUACGGAGCUGAGGACGAAGUUGCCUGUGUGGGCGUAGCGAGGACGAACCCUGAACAUGGUGGGCCGUGUUGUUGUUUUUCAGAGAACAAAUUUGGCGAAAAGAGCCUGCAGCAAGGAUAUUUGGAACAUAGAUCUUGGGAUGGCCUCUGCUUUAGGGUGGCACAUAUAUUGAAAGUUCUCAUAAGGAAGAAACUAGUAAAUAUGAUUAACACUCAAAGGCCUGAAAGCUGUACCAUAAGGCCACUACGAUCAGUAAUAGAGAUGGCAAGCCUUCCUAUGGGUGGCACCGAAGUCAAAACCAGAACACGUAAGUCCAUAUCUAUGGGCUGUCCAGACAAGAAGUCAGUUAGUUACAGCAACAGGAGCCCUGAACUCGGAUCAAACAAGAAGCAUUUGGAGAUGUCGGUAUAUAUGCAGAAGGACCAAGCUAGUGGUUUUUUGCUCUAUUGGAAGCGAAACCUGGACGCUAUCUAG